AUGGGCUCCUCUUCAUCGAAAGUCGCAAGCAAAGCUGCUGCCGGUGCAGCUCGCCGUCAAUAUCCUUCCACCUCCUCCAUCGCCAACUCCGCCAACCAAACGGCCAAUGCUCCCUCGAGAACAAAUGCACCUCCUCUAUCUUCCAAACCUACAGCCCCGACUCAAGUCCAUCCGAACCCGGCUACCGCUCCUCCUGUAGACCAGAAAACGGAACAUGUCGAUCUUGACGGACGAGAUCCACAGUUCGGUUCUGCAUUGAGAAAAAUAGGACCAGUGAAACCUCCUUCGGGCACGAGGACCGACGAAUCAUUCCCAACGUCGAGCGAACCUAUGCAGCCGGGGCAGAAUAUAUUUCCUUCGACGCAGAACAAUCCAGCUGUCAUACUUACGCAGGCACGACAGAGGAUCAACAGGCAGUGGGAAACGGAGCUUGAGGGUGGAGGAAGGCCCAGUUUUGCAGGCAGGACUCUGUUGAGCUCUAAGGACAUUAAAGAGGCCUUGAGGUUACGAGAUGAAGUGGGCAAGUCCUCGCAAGAGGUGGAGAAGCAGAUGAAGCUGAAGCCGGGCAUUCUGGAUCAGUUGGUGGCCAAGGGAAUGGUCGCAAAUGCAUGA